AGUUGCACUGAGCUGUCCGCCAUCUUAGUUGCGUGAGAAAAAAAUUAAAUUAAAUAGAAAUCGCAUUUAUAUUGAUGGCCAAUUAACCAAAACACAAUCAAGUGCAACAAUAGAUAUAUAUCUACAGCUAAGCGAUUAUUUCGAGUUGGCAGCUACAAGAUUUCAAGUCGAAAAUUGCAUUUGAAAUUGUGAUUACGAUCAAAUAGCAAAAGUUAUACGUGUAAAAUAUAAAUAUAUGGGCAGCAAACGUAUAAAACGAAAAAAUAAGUAUAACAAUAACAAUCACAACAGCAGCAGCAGCAACAACAAGAAGAAGGCAACUGCAACGGCUUCAGUUUGGACAUGUCAUGUCAGCAAGCGUCAAGAUUCAUUACAGAGACAGCAACAGCAACAACAACAAAACGCAUUACAACUAAAAGUAAACUAGCAACACACGCGACUAUAACAACAACACCAGCAACAGCAGCAGCAGCAACAACGACGCCGACGCCGCUAGCAUUGCCAGUUGUUGUAAAUGUGGAGAGCAUUGGAAUUGCAGCCGCCAAAACGAAUACAACUGAGGAUCCAUAUGUAUUCACAGAGACAGUUGCAGCGACACCGCCAGUUUUAUUCAAUGCACAGAAAUCGCGAGCCCGCAUAAGUGAAGCGCAGCACAAUAGAAACUGCAUUAAAAAUAGUAGUAAACAACAGCAGCAGACGGCGGCAGCAGCAGCAGCAGCUGCAAUCGCAUGCAAAAAGUUGAGCACUGUUGCAGCAACGCCGCCAGCUACUCAACUAAAUGGCUGUGCAACAACAACAGCAGCAGCAGCAACAAGAGCUAUUGCGGUAGCGAGGGCAACAGCUAUAACAAAGGCGCAGGCGUCUUUGGUUGCAACAACAACAACAUCAACUACAACGAAUUUUAAUAAUGUCACGCAAUCUCAAAGGCAGCCAACAGCUCAGUUGCAGUUGCAAUUGCAGCCCCAAUCUUCGCCGAAACGCGCCAACAAUGUGUGCGUGGUGCGUCCACAGCAGCAGCAGCAGCAACAACAGCAGCAGCAGCAACAACAACUGAAGCAACAACAGCUUAAAUUGUCUACCAAACAUGUUGCCGCGCUUACGUCUUCAACACCGCCGCCGCCACUUUAUACGCACACACCUUCGCUGUGGCAAACGCCGCUUAUACUGGACACUAGCCAGAAGCAGCAGCAACCACAGCAGCAACAACAAACACAUGUUGUUGCCACAGCGCAGAUCAGUCCGCCCGCCUCGUUACCAACAUCAUCUGCAGCAGCAGCAGCAACACCACCAAUAGCACCUGCCACCGCCAUGGUCACGCCCAUAGUGCUGCCACCUACUGCUGCUUCUACGGCUACAGCUACAGCUUUAGUUGCUAUACCACAAUCCAUGUCGCCACCCAAAGGCGGCUCGCUGCCGCCGUCCAAGUUUCAUCACACGACCUUGGCGCAGCACUUGCAGAAGGUGGAGUGUUUGAAGAAGAAGAAAUCCUUGCCACUGGCAUGCCAGAACACAAGCAAUAGCAGCAGCAGCAGCAACACCAUCAACAACACCAGCAGCAGCAGCCAAGUGGUUGAGGUGGCCAAGCAGACGUUGAUGCAACCGCUGGUCGCAUACAAUUUUACACAACCGCCGCCAUUAACUGUGUUCCAUACAACAACAGCAGCAACAGCAACAACAUCAACAGCAGUAGCAGCAGGAUCAUCCGCUGCAACGAAGAAACAUUCCACCAAUGCUAAUGAUGACAACAACGAUCUCAACGAGAUACCGGUCAAUGUCAUAUUUCGCAAGCCACCUGUAACGAUGCCGCUUAGCAGCGACCCAGCGACAGCUGUGAAACUCGGAGCGGUGGCGCCUGUAACGCCGCCCGCAUCAAACGCCAAUCUAGCGUUGCCCGUAACAAUAGCAGCAGCAGCAGCAUCAACAGCAAAAACUGUACCCGCCCUCAAUACACAAAAAGCAGCAGCAGCAGCAGUAGCAGGAGUACCAACAACUAUAGCUAUACAACAACAAGAACAAAUGUCUUCCAAAACAAACACUCCCAAGCGUAAAGCGCCCGCGUCCGCUUCAGCAGCUGCUUCCUCAGCAUCGGCAAGCAAGCGAUGCAACAACAAAGUUACAGCAGCAACAACAGAGGAUCGUCCUUCGCGGCGUCGCAAACUGUCUGCUGCCACCAAGCCUGGCUUAAUCUUAAGCGAAAUGGAAGCUAUGCGGCAAACCGAUGAUUCACCAUACUGCAUACAAAAGCGUUGGCUAGGCGCUGCCGGUGGCUGCAAAGACUUAACCGUCGAGCCAUUGUUGCUAUCCGCCAGCAAUCGAGACCGUGAGGAGCGCAUAGCCGUGCGCAAAGGCCUGCUGCGUCGUCAAGCAUUGCAAUUGCUAUCGACGCGUUCAUUGCAGGAGUUGCCGCUGCGAGCAGCACGCCAGCGCUUGGAAUGCGUACAAAAUCUAUUGAUCAAGUAUCAAGAUCAUACGUCCGGGCAACAGCUGGAUAACAGCGUGAACAAGCUCUGUCUGACGGCGAAUUGCAAGCAGCGUGUAAUUAGCUUGGCGAAUCAUUGUGAGCAUCACAUGGUGGCGGACACCACGCAGCAGCUGUUCAAGUCGUGCUCCGCCUGGCGUGUGGAUGGCACCGCCUGCCAGCAGCCCGUGUUUGAUGUGCUGCAUACGCUGGCUCUAUGCACCAAGCAUAGCCAACUGCGUGCAGGCAUUGAGCUGCAGUCGCGACAACAGCAGCAGCAACAGCAGCAGAAGUACUUGCAACAACAGCUGCAAUUGCAGCAACAGCUUUCCAGGCCAAUAUCAGCGGCUGUAGCUGCGGCCACAACGCAAACUACAGCAGCUGUGACCAGCAAGCGCAAGCGCAAGGUGAAUCCCAAUGCUAAUCCAGUGGGUCGACCGCAGAAGCGUGCCAAGAAGCAGCCUGAGCAGCAAGCACACGUACGCACAGUUGCCAGCACGCCCGUGCUGACGCCCAUGUCUGCCGUGCUGCAGCGCAAGAGCAGCACCACAUCAUUGGAGUCGAUUGCCAGCAAUUCACAGUCUUCAGCUAUGUCGCAUUCGGCCUUGCCGCCCUAUACGCCCAUCAUGCCCAUGGCCACAAUGCCGCAGCUGCCACAGCUGCCCGUUGUACCUCCAGCUUUGGCGCCGCUCAGCAACUAUCAGCUAGAGCAGCAGCAGGAGCAGCAAUUGUUGAAGUUUGAACCGGAGCCACAGCAGUUGGAUGCCAGCGUUAUUGCCAACUUUAAAGCAGAAGAGAUAAGCCAAAUUGUAGCGCAACUAGCGGCAGCUACUGGAGAUCAUCUACCUGCAAAUUUAAACAACAAUAAUUUGGCCUACAACAACAACAGCACAAACUUUUGCAGCAACAACAACAGCAAUAGCGGCAGCAGCAACAUGAGCAUCAGUUCCGGUUUUCCCUCAUUCAAUGCCGCCUUUGGCAAUGCAAUCGGUGUUGGCAACUCAACGCUGGCCAACACUGAGAGCCUGCUAAGCCAGCAUAUGUUUGGCAUAUGCGAGAACAGCUCGGCCUAUGCCAGCUCCGAGGACACAGGCCUGGGCGGCCUGAGCGAGUCGGAGCUGAUAGGCGCUAAUGAUGCUGAUGACAUUGCAUUGAAUGGCGCCCAUUUGCUGGAGGAGCAUGAUUUGGUAAAUGUGUUUGAUACGCUGCCGGAGGAUGCGUUUAAUGAACUUUUUCAAUCCGUGCAACAAGCCGAGUGCGAGGCAAUGGAUCGAGCGCUCGAGAUUGCUGAUAAGAACCUCAAGUGUCUGCAACAGACAAUCGGCGGCAGUACGGCGCAUGACAGCGCCUUUCUUAAUGAUUUUCUCGACGGCGGCGAUGAUCUGCUAGUGAACGCUGUAUCGUCCGUAAUGAACUCGCCAAAUACAUCCGGCAUCGAUACCUCGACGCUGUUUGUUGACAGCAGCGGCGGUGGCAACAGCAGCAGCAGCAACGGUGCGCCCACUGCCGGCGGGUGCACGCCGGCUACUGCCACCGUAUCCGAUAUACACAUACGUGGACUGUUGCAGACCUAAAACUGAGCAGUCCCAGUCGCAGUCGCAGCCGUCGCCACCCUUCAACUUCAAAAAAAGAACUUACUACUUUCGAAAAGCAAAUUGCGCAGCUUUGGUGCAAUCUUUUCCUGAAAAUUCAUACUUUCCAAAGUUUCAGCUUUUGGCCAUUAGAGAAGCUUAAAUUCUUCUUUCACUUUACCAUCCAGUUUCACUGACUUUUCAAUUAUUUGUCUCUCACACACCUUUGCAAAUAUAUAAUACAUACAUUUGUAUAUGUGUAUGUGUGC